AUGAGUUCGCAAAUAGGCGCAAUUGUCUCUGUGAAUGCGCUCAUUGGUCGUGUUCUGAAACAUCCCAAAGGUGAUUUGGCUGAUCGAUUGAAUUCAACAAUAACCGUAUGUAUUCUGGCUCUUACUGCUGGUUUUUUGAUGAGCACACAUAUUUGGGGUGAGCCGAUUACAUGCUGGACACCAGCACAGUUCACCAAAGGAUGGACUGAUUUUGUGAAUCAGUAUUGCUAUAUACAUGGAACUUAUUUCGUACCGUUGGAUGAAGAGCUCGAUUUCAAUGCAGCUGAGAGACGACGUUUCACAAUAACCUACUAUCAAUGGGUGCCUUAUGUUUUAGCUGUUCAAGCCGUUCUAUAUUAUAUGCCUCGACUUAUGUGGCGUUACUUGUGUGCUAUGUCAGGUUUCGAUUUGGUUGGUGCAAUACGAUCAACUGAACAGUUAUGGGAUGAUGUAAGGAGAAAUGAAGAUAAAUUCAAAGGAAGACUAGCGAGUUUCGAGCAGCAAAGUGCCGUCUAUAUAUGGGAUGGUAUACAUUUAGGAAGACGGAAACGCUUACAUCAUUUGACACUUUAUUAUGUGGUAUUUACUGCGGUGCAAACUUUGAACGCAUGGUUGCAAUUCAUUUGGCUAAAUGAAUCAUUACAAUCGGUCACUUAUUCAUUUUGGGGACCGAGCAUUAUUAUGGACUUGUAUCGUGGCGUUGAUUGGCAGACUUCUGGACAUUUUCCACGCAUAACGCAUUGUGACUUUUCUCGUCGACGUCCUGCAUCCGUUCAGAAUCGAACGUCAGUGGAACAUUUUCUUCGAUUGUUGGGCAAAGAUGGCCUCUUCAUUGUGCAACAAAUUUCAAUUAAUGUUGGUGAUCUGCCUACCAGGUUACUUUUCUUGUCUAACACAAUACUUCGGUUUUGCAAUAAUGAAUGCCUAAGAUAA